UUUUUUAUGUCUUCUCAAUGUACUUAGGUUGAGUGAGCCUGUCUUAUCUUUUGGUUAAUGUAAGUUUAAUAACUUCUUAAGCCUGGAGGCUUGACAAAUGUUUAUAUAAGGAUCCUCUAUAGUAUGUAAAAGACUGGGACAUCAGCGCAAGAAGAAAGGCUAUCCGAAGGAAUAUGUGUGCUAUAAGUUUUGUGCAGGAAUUGACGGAUUUGGAGGACCUGACACCAGGCUGAAAUCCAGUUAAGCCUGCGAGACCCGAUAGCUGGUGCAAAAUUCAGACAGGUCCGCGGGACUAGAUAUCUGGCGAGAAGUCCAGUUGGAUUUGUGGGACCUGACAAUCGGCCGAAGUUUAGUUGGGUCUACGGAUUUGACAACUGGUUGGAAGACAUGAUGGGUUAAAAGCAAAUCAAGCAACUGUAGUUGGUAAGUAAAAGGUAAGCAACUGGAGAAGAGAUUCAGUGAGGACGUGUUUUUGGUUGAGGGAACAAUAGGUGUCGGUCCAGCUUAGGUCCAUUUGGGAAACCUAAGCUGAGACCUUGACUAGAUUCUGGUCUCGAGGAGACAGAAUCUAAUUACUACUAUUACCUUAUUGUGUUGAGCUAACUUUAUUUUGCUGGAUAAACUUUUUGUUGUCUAGGCUAACUCUUUUUUACAGGAGAGACUGAAAAGAAUGUCCAAGCGCCCGAACCACAACACCCGAGCAGCCUGGCCAGCAAUCCGGGUUGUCCGGGCGCCCAAAGUUGGUCCAGGCACUCGGACCAGAAAAGUCAUCUAGAAGCUGAGUUGAAGCGCAACAACUAGCCAAACCCAUAUCAACUGUUCAAGCGUCCGGAGGUGAAUAAACUUGACGGAUCAAGAUUCGACGAGAGAUCACCAUGUCAGCAAUGGUCCAGGCACCCAGAGGGGUUCCAGGCGCCUGGAAUGAGCCUAUAUAAAGACCUUCGACCAUCAACUUCAGAACAACAUCUAUUACAAGUUUCAUUCUUGCGUACUGUUCCGAAAGGCUCCGACGACACCGAAAGACUGUUCUGAAGUUCGAAAAAUGAAAGACUUCACAUUUCUUUUAUGUUUGUCGGUAACAAUUAAUUUCAGUUCUUGUACUCAAACCAUUUUGUAGCCCAUUUUUGAACUGAUAGUGUUGUCCAACGAAAGCACUCACCAAGUGUGGGCCUUCGAGUAGGAGUCGUCGAAGGCUCCGAACCAAAUAAAUAAUUACCUGUGUUAGCAUGUGCUUUUGUUCUCUUUCUUUUCUGUUGCGUGACUUAUUUUAAAUUAUAAUUUUCGACGAAUAUUAUUCACGCCUCUCUAACAUCUUUCCGAUCGAACACAUAAGAUGAGGCUCCCUAGUGAAAUCAAAAUUGAGAAAAAAUACUUUUCCAAAGUGCCUAAAAUCAUCCUAAUUCAACUUUUUAAAAAACUUAUUCCUGUUCACCAUUAUUGUUCACUGGUUAGCCUUUACUAUUAGUAUUUAUAAUUAGUAUUCACAGUUUAAAAUACCGGAAACCUCCGUCGGAGUUACUUAAAAACUUAACAUCCAACUUCAAUCACGAAGCAAAUAUCCAACCAAUUAUCCAACUUCGCCGCGAGAAAUAAUUAAAAAUUGGUAUAAUAUAUAUAUAAAAGGAUGUAUGGCGUGUCUAGUUACCUGCCUUGGAAAGAUCUAGUUGUCACUAAUCACCUAGAUAUCCUUCUAUGGUAUUAUAUUGACCAAAAAAUACAGAUUGUCCAAUAAUAUUCUUAUUGAUCAUGUUAUAAAACAUGCAUAUUGUUCUCUAUGCUAAUUGAUCAAGUUUUAGAACUUCAAAUAGGCUCUAUAUAUCAAAGCAUGUGACUAGGACUACAAAAACCUCGUCUUUGUGAGGAACAAUAUAUUUGCAGUGCUGAGCUAUGCUAUGCGUAUCCUUCAUAGCAUCACGCCUUGUUUUGUUGCCGCGAUAUUAGUUUCAUGUAUAAUAGGAUUAUCUUGCGAACACUAGUUAUUCUUUCAUGGAUUAUUUGUCUAGUGUUCUCAUGAAUCAUUGAUUUCAUUUGUAGUAUAAGCUAGUGUACGUGGAAAAUCAUGGUUGAAGUAUUAUUUCAAUUGUAAACUACCCUAUACGAGUGUUCAUCACAACCAUGCUUCUGUGCAAGAUCAGUCCGAUAUAAUAUUUGCCUACAUUUCUUCUUUGAUAUUUUAUGUAGCUUUUUGAAUUUGAUAGUAUAAAUUAAAAAUAGUGAAUUAAAUUAAAAAAUAUAUUUUUAAUUUUGUAUUCUACCUGUUUAAAAAUUUAUUAUCGUCCGAACUUAACAGAAAGAGUAGCAUUUUAAAAAUAAGAGAUAUGAUUUGAGAAUUAUGAAAAUUAGAUUCAUGGAUCAUGAUUAGAUCACAUAAAGGCCGUCCGGCGGGGUGCACGGGGCCAUGUCAGCCUCCGCACGGGUCGAUUUCUUAUUGGGUCAUUGGCCUGGAGUUGUACUCCACACGGCUCCAUGCCGAGUCAGCUUAGACUGCACCUCCAAUCAUAAUACAUCUUCUUCUUUUUUUUCUCAAAUAGCUCAAUUGGUACAGUUCAAUGCCGCCGUUCAAUCCUAUGCGGAGGUGCUCUACUUCUUUCUAGCCAACAGAGAGCCGAAGCCAAAUUCGCAAACUGUUGUGCUUCUCUCUGCUCAUCUGUCGUUGGACCAGAAGAAACAAAAUGACGUCGUAUUACAUGGAGGGAGGGACGGCGCAGAAGUGUCAGAUGUGUGAUGAGGAUUGGUGGUCCGGCGGAGGGUCGACGGCAAAGCUGCCAAUGAGUUUGCUUACGGUCCCUCACUGCAGAGGAAACUUUAAGGCCCCAAGUUGAAUGAAGACCAGUCAGAAUGAGAUUUAAAAACAGGCGAACAGAGGUAAGAGACUAGUGCGUCGCAUGAAGGUAAACUGCCGGAAAAAAGGAUAUUCUGAGUCUCUGACAAUAUUAACGUAAAUGGAUACUGCACAGAAAGAAACAAACACAAACCACAAGAACUCCCAGUGGCAGUCAAUUGGUCGUCACAUGCACCAUGGUAAAUUUAUCUUGGCCACUAUAUAAAUGCACUCUUGGUGGGAGUAGACGUUGUAAAUUGCUUCUCAGCUCCCGCUUGGUGGCUUAUACUUACCGUCUGGCUCUCUCUACUGUGACUGUCGUGUACUUGAGUCUCUCGGUCUCGUCUCCACCGGGCUCUGGUCCUCCGCGGUGAUGGAAAAGAGAUGAGGAACCGGCAUCAUCUCCCGCCCACCAUGCCGCCCUCUCCCUCGGCCUCCUCAGGCUGCUUCGACCUUCUCUGCACGGAGGACGCAGGCGAAUUCACCAGUUACCGUGACAACCCCGACGAGUCCGUCGCCAUAGAGGGCGAGCCGGCGUUGGCUGCGACCGAGGUCGGUUCGGUUCUGUUCGAGGCCGAAUCGCUAGACCCGGCGGCACGGCGCGACGCCGUCGACUGGAUUCUCAAGGUGCGUGCUUGUUAUCGGUUCCGCCCACUGACGGCGUAUCUCGCCGUUUCCUACAUGGAUCGUUUCCUUGCUUCUCACCGCUUGCAGCAAAACGGAUGGGCACUGCAACUUCUAUCAGUAGCUUGCCUCUCCCUAGCUGCAAAACUGGAGGAAACACUGGUCCCAACCCUUUCGGACCUGCAGGUGGAGGAUGCAAAGUUCAUCUUCGAGCCUCGUGUUGUGUUUCGCAUGGAACUUCUUGUGCUCUCUGCGUUAAAUUGGAGGCUUCAAACUGUGACUCCCUUCAGUUUUGUUGAUUUCUUUGCUUAUAAGAUAUAUUCUUCCAGUAAGCGAGCAAGAGUCUUGGCUUCGAGAGCCACACAAAUCAUAUUAGCAGCAAUGCCGGAGAUUGACAUCACAACUCAUUGGCCAUCGGCCCUCGCUGCGGCUGCCAUAAUCCGUGCAGUGGAUGGGACUCGGGAUCUAGCCGUUUUCAGUCCUACAAUUGCAGCAUCAUGGUGCGCUGGACUAACUGAGGAGAGAAUCUCCAAUUGCUAUGGAACUAUGCGACAAACUGUUAUCGAAGGAAGGCUAAGAAAGUCUCCAAUGAUUCUUUCACAGCACAGGGUAUCUAGUCCAUCUAAGAGGGAUUCUAGGAUCUCAUCUUCCUCCUUAUCUCAACCAACGAAGAGAAGGAAGCUUAACAAACACAAUCGCCAUUGAGUAGCUAGUGGAAUGACUCUGCUGGAAAUAAGAAAGCAAGGUAUUGUAUAACGGUUGAGAAUCAUAUUGGUUUGGCAGAUUCUGUAGUAUUUUGUGCAGGAGUUUGGUUUGUUUCCGUUCCAGUGUGGAAGGCUAGGAUUUUUCUUCUUUUCUUUUUAGUCAUUAUAGUUGCUCCAUUUGUUGGCUCCUAUUAUUUUGUGUGGUGCAAGUGUGCAAAAUAUAUGUAUUCCUUUCUGAUGACUGUGGGGACUGUUGCAAAUAGAGAGUGCAUUGAUUAUUGGAAAGAAGAGAGCCAGCUCACGUACGGUUCUUGUUGUAAAAAUAGUUAAAAUCAAUAUCCAAGCAGGAUAACAAGGUAACUGAUGACGUUCCAGAUCUCACACUGUUCCAUUGUUCCUGGUCAAACUCUCUGACUCAUCCUCAUCCUCAGCCUCAGCACAUUGUGCAUGAUGAGAGCUUUCUUUUUGUUGUUUUGUUUAGGUCUUGCUACUUGAGCAUUGUGAAGUAUGAGUCUCAUGCAUGAUGCGUGUGUGUUUCACCUCCAACAUGCUUGUCAGCCUGAAGUGACAGUCAUCUUGAGGCUGUGUUCCUGGAGAUGAAAUCAUUCUGCUAUAGUGGCAGUACCUUUGUGGGGGACGGUAACAUGAUGCUUGGAGAAAGAAGAUGGAUCAGGCAGAGGAAUCAUGAGAGUUGGUCGGAAUGCGUCCAACCAACACAGCUCAAGAAAUAUGCUACGGUGUCGGGCGUUACACCUGAUUGCCUGCGUUGUUAACGAACUUGAAGACUGUGUAGAGAUCCACAUCAUCUGCAAGAAAACAAACAUAUCUGUGCGCAAUUGAAAACAGUGUGGGACCUUGACACUUUACUGAAUCCUCACGGUACAUAACAUCUAGAUUAGGAGUUGUGUUCUACGGUUCCUUGAUUUCUUUCUGUGCUUCUAUUUGUAUUAUCCAUUUUCAUUAUUACUCUUUAUGACUUCCUGCGUCAUCCCUACGACUUGUAGAUUCACUGGUCAAUGGGGAACCGUUUCCUUGAACGAGCAACAUGGAACAGUAGCAGUUGUCUUUCAUACAUCAUUCAGACAAUAUCAUUAUUGUUUUUAUUAA